AUGACAGGUACAGUGCAGGAUUCACACAGGCUGUCUGUGAAAACGUGGACGGAGGAGGAGAGUGACCGAGCUGACAGCACACUGAGCAGAGCACAGUCGAUGUGUGAUGACACCUCUUCAGAGCUUCAGAGAAUGGCAGCCAAUGACAGAAGGGAUAUUAAUUCCCAGAACUCCUUUCGUGGAGGACAAGGUGCUCUGUCCAGGUUAGUUAGUAUGGUGAUGACUCUGCGAGAAUGGGCGCAGAAGAGUUUGACCGAAGAGACGGAAAGACCCGAUUCGUUCUUGGAACGUUUCAGAGGCCCCGCCCAUGCCGACAUGCAAGCCCCGCCCAGCAGGUUCAGCCACAGCCACAAUGGCUCUGACGCAGAAAAUGAAAUCAGACGCUCUAGACCCAAGAGGAGGAGGUGUACUGUCGUGGUCUUAUCACCUUCUGAUGAUGCAUACUACCAUUGGCUAAUGGUGAUUGGUGCUGCUGUUUUUUAUAACUGGACUCUACUAGUUGUCAGGGCCUGCUUCGAUGAGCUUCAAAUGCGGAAUGUGUUGGUGUGGCUGGUGCUGGAUUACGUCUGCGAUGGAAUCUAUAUCCUGGAUAUCGCUGUUCGUCUCCACACGGGUUUCUUGGAUCAGGGCUUGAUGGUGAAGGAUGUGCAGCGUCUGAGAGAAAACUAUGUUCGAACCUUACAGUGCAAACUUGACAUUUGCUCCAUCCUUCCAACUGAUCUCCUGUACCUGACCGUUGGAAUCAGCUACACUCCUCUUCUUCGAUUCAACCGGCUGCUACGCCUGCCACGCCUGUUUGAGUUGUUUGAACGCACAGAGACAAGAACAAGCUACCCCAACGCUUUCCGCAUCUGUAAACUGGUUCUGUACAUCCUGGUGAUCAUCCACUGGAAUGCUUGUGGAUACUACAGCUUCUCCAAGGUUCUGGGACUGGGAUCUGAUUCUUGGGUUUAUCCCAACGCAUCUGAUCCUGAGUUUGGUUCCCUGACUAGGAGUUACAUCUACUGUCUGUACUGGUCCACUCUGACGCUGACCACCAUUGGAGAGACACCUCCUCCUGUUAGAGAUGAGGAAUAUUUGUUCCUGAUAUUUGACUUUCUGGUGGGUGUUCUGAUUUUUGCCUCUAUCGUGGGUAAUGUCGGAGCUAUGAUCUCUAAUAUGAAUGCUACGAGAGCAGCCUUUCAAGGCCGCGUCGACACCCUGAAACACUACAUGCACUUCAGACAUGUAAGCAAGGUGCUAGAGCAGCGUGUCAUCCGCUGGUUUGACUACCUCUGGACCAAUCAGAAGACAAUAGAUGAACAGGAAGUGCUGAGGAGCCUGCCCAAUAAACUGAGAGCAGAGAUUGCUAUUAAUGUUCACCUGGACACACUAAAGAAGGUGCGUAUUUUCCAGGACUGCGAGGCAGGCCUCCUUGUAGAACUGGUAUUAAAACUUCGACCGCAAGUUUUCAGUCCUGGAGACUACAUCUGUAGAAAGGGAGAUGUGGGUAAGGAGAUGUACAUCAUUAAAGAUGGCCAGCUGGCAGUGGUGGGUGAGGAUGGAGUCACCCAGUUCGCUGUUCUGACCUCUGGAAGUUGCUUUGGAGAAAUCAGCAUCCUGAACAUCAGCGGCAGCAAGAUGGGCAACCGACGUACGGCAAACAUUCGCAGUCUGGGAUACUCAGACCUGUUCUGCCUUUCAAAACAAGACCUGAUGGAGGCACUUCAGGAGUUCCCCCAUGCCAGGGCCCAGCUGGAGCAGAGGGGGCGGGACAUCCUGCAGAAGGAGGGGCUUCUGGAGGAAGUAAACGUGUCUGCGGGGGAGGAACUUGAGGAGAAAGUGGAAAGGCUGGAAACCAGUCUGGAUCGACUACAGACGUGUUUGGCCCGUCUGCAGAGUGAGUUCAACUCCUCCCAGCUUCGACUGAAACAGCGAAUCACAAACCUCGAGCACAACAUCCCCACAGUGGCCACAGGCAGCGGCUUCCUGUCAGACGCCGACGGCAACGAGAGUGUUUCUGGCGGCGACGGCGUGCGCAGUGAAAUCAACAUCAGGCUCUGAAGCAAUAUACACAAAAUACAUGUUGUGAUGCUUUUAUUCAAUUCAUAAGAAUCACCAACACCACCUCAUGCUGUUUGAUUGUCCACUGACUGAUAUUUAAAAUGUGUUUGUAUUUUAUUUUGAAACCGUGUUAAUGACUGUGUGUUCUUUAACUUUUUAAAACGUACAGUUUUACAGUUUUUAAAGACAUUUAUGUGACUACAAUCAGUUUAGAAUACAAUAAAAAUAUCAAUAACACAAUGAACCAAUACUUUGGCUGAAGAAGAAGUUUACACAGGACUAUCUUGUCCAAACAACUGUCCACUUGACUGAACAGGUGUCUUUAAUUAUGCCUUUUUCCACAAGGGGGCAUAAUAUCUCUCUCUGAAUAUGACACUUCAUAACAACACGUGUCCAGAGUUGGAGUUACAUGAAUAAAAUCCACAUUUGUUUUUUCACGUUGGCCAGUGCUGACUACUGAUGAUUGUUUGCCAUAUAGCCUUAAUGAACGCAGAUGAAACAACAAAAGCAAUUUCAUUUUUUAGCAUUGGUUACAAUAAUAAUA